AAAUGAGGGUCUUCAGACGCGAAGAAUAGCGGUAGGUUAGCACAUGCGGUGCAGUAGAGAGUCAGGAGUUUAGUAGUGUGCGCGUGUUGUUUUUUUUAAUAUCUCUAACGUGAUUACAUCGUUUUGUUGCAAUAAUAUUCUGGUGCAACGAAGCCUUGAGUGUCAUUGAAGAAGCAAAGAUAACGAAGCAAUAGUAGUAAAACAUUAGUUGGUGAAACAAGAGCCUAGAGGCGCGAGAGAAGGACUGUGCCCUCCGUCUCUUGUUCCUCUGACAUACAACGAUUCCGUCCGCGAACGAAUCCGCGAACAGAGAGAGAAACUUUCCAACGAGGAUAGAGACCACACGCGCGCCGGACGUGUUAUUUGCGCACCAACGGUUAUAUAUUCAAUUCAACAGACUAUAUAUAUUAUAUAUAUAUACAUAUAUAUGUAUGUACAUAGAUAUAUAUUUAUAUAUAUUUAUAUCAUCCAACAUACACCAGUGAGAAUUUCUAUCGUGGGCUAAAUAUUACAUUAAAAUAUUUCAAUUAUUUUUUUCUUCUUAAUACUUCACGUUGGUAAAACUUAUCAAAUAUGUGUGAUACCAAUCCAACGACGCAAAGCAUAGCGGACUAUCUGUCACAGUUGCUGAAAGACAGGAAACAGCUUGCUGCUUUUCCUAAUGUCUUUAUUCAUGUUGAACGGCUUUUGGAUGAAGAAAUUGCUAAAGUACGAGCGAGUCUUUUUCAAAUCAGUGGAGUUAAAAAGGAACCAUUGACCCUUCCAGAACCCGAUGGAGAAAUAGUCACACUCACAGAAAAAGUUUAUGUUCCCGUUAAAGAACAUCCUGACUUUAAUUUCGUGGGGAGGAUUUUGGGACCACGAGGAAUGACAGCCAAACAAUUGGAGCAGGAGACAGGAUGCAAAAUAAUGGUCCGAGGAAAAGGUUCAAUGAGAGACAAGAAGAAGGAGGAACAAAAUCGAGGCAAGCCAAACUGGGAACACUUGACAGAUGAGUUGCACGUGCUGUUGACGGUCGAGGACACAGAAAAUCGUGCGACACUCAAACUUGCCCGUGCUGUUGAAGAAGUUAAGAAGCUUCUUGUACCCCAGGCUGAUGGCGAGGAUGAAUUAAAGAAGAGACAGUUGAUGGAGCUAGCAAUCAUCAAUGGAACCUACCGAGAUUCCAACACUAAAGUAGCAGCUGCAGCAGCUUGCGAUGAGGAAUGGAGACGUGUAGCAGCAGCAGCGGCUGAAACUCAACGCCUUCUUCCUGGUCUUGGAACACAAAUAAGGUCACCAAAUGCCCCCUUGGGUGCACCAUUAAUUCUCUCUCCAAGAAUAUCCGUCCCAACGACUGCCGCUUCGCUUCUAAAUGGCUCUGGUCCACCAGGAUCGAUCCUUUCAGCUGGAGAUCCACAUGGUCUUAUUUAUACGCCUUAUGCAGAAUACGCCAACUAUGCAGCAUUGGCAGCAUCUCCACUUCUCACUGAAUACGCUGACCAUUCUGGUGGGUUGUUUGCUCGCUGAUAUUAGGCCACUAGUUCGAGAUUAACUUGUUAAUUAAGUCUUUUUUUUCUGAUUCUCUGCGGCUUUUUUGUUUCUUUUAUUUCAACAUUAUAAAGACAGAAAGCAUACUGCUAUAGUAGAAAAAAGUAAAACAAGAAGCCAAACGAGACGAAGAAGCAGAAGAAAAAUGAUAGAAAGCAAUUAUUUGACAUAGUGCUUUUAAAAAAAUGAUAUUAUUAAAUUUAAUUAUGUCUAUACGUUAGGACGUAGGCAUAGUACGUAGGAUUGAAUGAAAAUAGUUGAAUCAGUCAUUUACUAGUCGCGUCAUAAUUGUUUUUGAGAUUUUAUACAGCCUCGCUCUAUGUGAGUGUUACUAAGUUAAAAACACAAGAUGUUUUAUUAUUAUUAUUUUUUUUCAUAGAUAAUUAUAUUUUUUUUUAAUCUUUUUUUAUUGCACUCUGUACACUAAGUGUUCGCGCGACAGGAUACGGAUUAAUGAAUUUUUAAAGUACCGUGUUUUUGCGAGGAUGUAGAAUAAUACUAGUCCAAAAAAAAAAAAAAAGUUUAUAUUUUGUUCAUUUUUUUACUUCUAAAGUUGCCAUUAAGGCUGCAUUUUAAAGCAGCAAGAUACUUUAAUUUAGGCAAGUAUCUUUUAUAGAUUAUGUUUUAAAUUUAACGUAAAGAUUAUAGAAAGAAAAAUUCGACAGAAAUUUUUAAUAUAUACACACACACACAAAAGUAGGUCUAAACUUUAUUUUAGUAGAUAAUUCGAAGAAGAAGAAGUCGUAUUGAGAACAAUAAAUUCUUUUACUGCAACAAAGUCAGAAGAAAAUAUAUGGAGUAAAGAUUAUUUAUUUAUAAUUGGAAAAAAAGAAUUAAUUACAUAAAAAAAUGAAUGAAUAGAUGAUUUAAUUCGCACUCCAUUUAUUUCUCUUCUUCUUAGAAGUAAUUUUAAUUUCAAUACAGAUGUUGGAAUAGCUCGAAUUAAACGAAGCGCGAAUAGUAUAAAAUAAUAAAUAGUAAAUUGACAAUAUUUCUCUUCUGACACUUAUACACACCCUCUCACAAGAUAGCAAAGUAUUCCGUUAGCCCGUUAAGUAAUCUACACAGGAGCACGCGUCCGCAUACUUACAUCGUAACUGUAAGUACGUUGUUUUAACAUACCAAACGAAAAUAUACUCUAACGGAUCCUCGCACUUAUCCACGAGCGGGGAGUCCAGUCAUAUGGCACAUUCUUGUGCAUUACUCAAUGCAAUAAUCAAAGGCCAUUAAAUUUUUUAGUAGUUAUAAUUAUUUAAUAUACUCUUAUUAUAUAUAUAUAUAUAAAAAAAGAAUUAUUAUAUAUACUAUUAUAUAUUAGAUCACAGAUAUAUUUAUAUUUAUUGAAAAAAAUUCAGUAUAUAGUAGAGAAUACUAGCAUAGUAGCUUUUGCAAAUAUUUCUAGCAUUUUUCAUACAUUGAUUCAUAAAUGAAUUGUUAGAUGUAGAUGAUAUUAAUUAGAUGUAACUGAAAUGAAAUUUUUUAUACUUGCAAAUGUUAGAAAAUUUUUUUUUCGCUUUAAGCACAUUCGUUUUUGAUAUUUUUUUUUGUUGUUAUUUAUUAAUUAUGCGGUGAUGGUUAAUUAGAUAAAUUUUUAGAUAAUUUUUUCGUACAUAAUUUUACUAUUUUUUUUAUUUAUUUAUUUUUUUUAUAACUAUAUUGUUCGUAGAAUUCGAAAUUUUAACACUACAAAGUAAUAUCUAAUUAGAAUCUCAAUUAAGAAUCCCUCGGGCUUUUUUUAAUUUGUUAUAAAAAAAAUUUCGUAAUGAUUUUGGGAAAAAAACCGGACUAACUCGAUUCGUCCGCCUUUUAAUUCGAUGACCCUGUGUUUUUGCUUGUUUUAUUGUUUAACUUCUCUAUUUUAGUAUUUUAAUCACCAAAACAACGUUUUAUAUCAAUAUUACUUCUUUUUAUAUGAAAAUACCGUUUAAAAGUAAUUUACAACAAAUUUAUUGUUUAAAAAGCUUACUUAUUCUGAAGUGAAGAAUCCUAUUUUAAAAUAAAUAACAGUCAUUUUGUUAACGAUCGUCUCUCUCGAAGAUUUCAUUAUUUUAUUGAAUACAAUUUGUGAUAAUUACUUAAAGAGCAUUUAAUCAAUUCAACAAUUGACGUUCAUUUAGAAUGAAUUUAAAUUAUUUUUACUUAUUUAUUUUUUUUCUUUAAUUCAAAAUGAAAUGAAAAUUAUCAGUUAUCAUUACAUAGUUAAUUGUUCGGAAUAAUUUACAAACCCAUCCACGUAAACAAGUUGUUAAAUAAAUGCAAUCGAAAAAGCAGUCAUAACGAUAAGAAUACUUUAGUCGAGAAAUGAUAUCUAUUAUUGGAUUUGAAGUGCGUUUAUUUUUAGUCUAUAUUAUGGACGCAAUUGGCUUCAAUUUUAUCAAAAAAUUACUCACAAAUUGGUUAAAAACAGACUAUUUUUUAAAUCUAUUAUUGUCUUUGUCUUCUAAAAUAUAGGAUAAAAGACUCAAUUCUUUAAACCGGAUAACAAGCGAUCGGUGAUGGAUUAGGUUGUAACAAAAUACCUUAGAGUUUUAGGCAGACAGUUAAGAAGUGUAGGAAAAAUACCCAGGGACCAAGAA